UUUAGUGCCGGACUCCUCCUAGGUAGUUUUUAACACAUGAGCUUGGAGUUAAACCUGGACCCGGAGAAACUUGAAAAUAUCAUGUCGAAACCAGAUUUUAAACACAACAGAGUUAUAAAACAAAAAUCUCUGGGAGCUAUUUCAACCAGGAGUAAAGGAGAAAACAUAAAACCGUACAGACAGCUUUCAGAUGGAUCUCUCCUCUUACGUAAAAGAAAAGACAGUAAUAUAUCCAGGAGAAGUUUUCUGGAACCCUUCCCUAUGAAUCCGGAUAUAUUCAACACUCUGGGUUCUAAUGAAGGAAGAAAGCUGCCUAUGUGUUAUUUCUACCAUCAUACGGACCAGGAUCAUGCUGAUGAAGAUGAAGAUGUGAACAACAAUGAUCAAGAUGACGAUCAUUUGGAGUUAGAUGAAGCCUUUUCUGAACCUCUUAAUAGAGCUGGAAAGGUGGCUGAUGUGAUGAAUGGUGUCUCCAAUAUUCUCCAGUUUUGGAGAACCUUCAUUAUCAUCCUGACUCCUAUUCUUCUCUCACCUUUACUCUCAGAGAUUGGAACUUCAGAAGCAAAAUGUGGAUUUGUGAUACUACUGAUGGCAAUAUAUUGGGUUACAGAGGCAAUACCUCUACCUAUCACAGCUCUUCUUCCUGUUAUUCUCUUUCCAGUUCUAGGUGUUAUGACAACGGAUGAUGUUUGUGUCAAAUAUCUGAAAGAAUCCAACAUGAUGUUUGUUGGUGGACUCAUUGUAGCAAUUGCGGUUGAACAUUGUCGCCUUCAUCAGAGAAUAGCUCUCAGAGUUCUACUGCUUAUAGGAACCAGUCCGCGACUAUUAAUGCUGGGGUUUAUGCUCCCCACCAUGUUCCUCUCCAUGUGGAUCUCAAACACCGCCACCACCGCCAUGAUGGUCCCUAUCGUCGAGGCUGUUCUUGCCGAAAUCAACGGUGACCAUCUUGAGUCCGGCGGCCUCGAGACUAUCUCAGAGGAGAAGGAUUUGGUGUAUCGGAAGCAAGAACUAGAUUCCGAUGAGAAGAAAGCAAAAAAGCGGAAAAUCCGCAUCAUGAUUUAUCUUUCAGUUGCAUACGCGGCAAAUGUUGGCGGAACCGGUACACUCACCGGCACAGGACCAAACCUAGUUCUUAAAGGAAUGUUGAGUACUCUGUUUGGUGACACUCCUAUUAAUUUUGCAAGUUGGAUGGGAUUUGCUUGUCCUAUUAUGCUUCUAAACCUAGGGUGGGGUGAAUAUUUUAUGUCAGAGGAAGAAGAUACUUGUGGAAGACCAAAAUUAGUCCAGAGUGUGGAUGAUGCAUCAGCGGCUCUUCUCAUCGUCUUCAUUCUGUUUAUUACGCCGAGUAAACUCACUUUCUGGCCUUUCACAACAUUUGCGACAUCCCACUCCUCGCCUGCGCUCAUAGACUGGAGAACUAUCCAUGACAGGUUUCCUUGGGGUGUGAUGUUGCUUUUUGGUGGCGGAUUUGCUCUAGCAGACGGAUCAAAGGCUUCUGGUUUAUCUGAUUGGAUUGGAAUGCAGCUUUCUGUUCUGGACUCACUCCCACAGGGCGCGGUUGUUUUGAUCAUCUGUGUGAUGACCGCCAUAGUGACCGAGGUCACCAGUAACGUAGCAACGGCUAAUAUUCUUCUCCCGGUUCUAGCUGAGCUAGCCAAUGCUACCAACAUCAACCCGCUCUACUUCAUGAUUCCAGCCACCAUCACUUGCAGCUUUGCGUUCAUGCUCCCGGUGGCCACACCACCAAACGCGAUUGUGUUCUCCGCUUCGGGGAUGCGAACUUCGGAGAUGAUGGCGGUCGGGUCGAUCAUGAACGUGAUCUGUAUCGUGGUCACGAUGGUAGCUGUGAACUCCUAUGGACUUGUCAUGUUUAAUCUUGACACAUUUCCAGACUGGGCCCAGUCGCUACGUAAGGAGUCAUGCCCAAUUGAAAAUAUGACCGAGCAUUUCCAUUCAGAAUUGACAGUAGAUUUUGCGUCAGUAUUGACGAAUAAUUUGACAUCAAUUUCUUCCUUCUAAGCCAUAAAUACUUCCUUCUUUCAUACUUCUUAUCAAUGAAAGUUGAAGUAAGGAGAGGGUGACAGGGUUUUUGUACAUUUUGCUGUGACGUAAUAGUACAGCUCUGGAAGUAAUAAAUAAUAAUGAACAUCGUUGGUAUUUAUAACAAUUACAUAUUUACUUAAUCAACUUUUUUGAUGAAAUUUUAUAAAAUGAAAUUGUUGUUUGAUUACAAAAAAACUAGUUUUAAAGCUGUCCUAAUACGUCACAGUGGAAUGUAAACAAUACCUAUCCCCCUAUCCUUAGUUCUAUAUUUCUUUCCUUUUGAUGAUUUCUUCCAAAUGCUUUUUUAAAGUUCAAUUGUAUUUAUAAAUUGCAUACCCAGAACUAUGUAGUACAAUGUAAAUUCCAUUAAAACUUAUGUAUUUAAACCCUAGCUUUUUCUCAUGAAGGUUGCAGUAUAAGUAGUUCUUUACUUUAUAUAUUUACCUAAAGAUUCAGCAAAAUGUGUCUCUAUAUAUCUUUAUUUUUGUAAUUUUGAAUGAAAAAUGUAAAUAUUUUGGUUCGUUUCUAUAAAAUAUUUUUGUUGUAAAACGUUUAGUUUUGAAGAGUUUUGAAUGACUCUUCAAUUUGUUUUAAACUAAAUCUAAGAAUAUGUAAAUAUACAUUUUAUUUAUU